AUGUUCAAAACAGAGGAGCUGAGAACUUUAGUUGAAAAGCGACUGAUGGCGGUUGCUGAAGAAAUAUUCAACAUAUUUGAGAAAACAAUCCGAGACUAUGAGGCGACGGUUUUACGUUCAAAGCAGGAGGACGACCAGCAGCAGCAGCGAGGGCUGAUGAGUUCGAAAGGUAUCAUCACUCACUUUACCUUUGACCUCGACUCAGCACUUCAGCCAGAGACCUUUAUAGUUUGUUUUGGGUAUCAUAAAGUACAAUGGAGCAUUCAGGCUUUCAGACAUCCCCAUAAAUACUGAGCCCCUGAGAGGAGACAUGAAGUAGCCAUUUUGCAUCCCUGUAGGGGGGUGGGGAUGCAAAAUGGCUGUCAGUUGCAAAAUGUGCCAGAUUGUGUUUUUCUUUGUGCAUUUGAAUGAUUAAGAAUGAAGGACGUCAAAAAAGAGGGCAGGAAACAUAGUUAUCCUGAACAAUAAAUCACCAUUCUGGAACAAAAUAUUUUACUAAUUCGUACUACUCGUAAUACUAAUUCGUUAUGUUUUCUCCCCUCCCCUGAACACGAAAUGGCAAUUCUGCAAUAAGUUACACUAAUAAGUCUGAACUCUCCUAUCGUGUUUAUUUUUGAGCAAUAUUCUGCUAUGUGAACAAGAGGCACGUGAAGUUUUUAUAGAAAACUGUGAUGGUUUUUAGUAGUUGCUCUUAACCUUUGAAUAGGAGAUCUCCAAUUUGGAAGUGUGCCUAUUAUCUAUAUAAAUUCAUGUGACAAUGAUGACCAACAACCCUCUGACUUAAAAACAAAUAAACCGAAAUGAGGAAUGGCUCAAAAGAAGUUUCGAUAUUUUAGCAUGUGUCAGCUGGGUUGUUUAUUCCUGGUUUCAGAGAUUUGUCACAAAGUGGACUAUUUACUGUCACCACAAAGCAUUCAUUUAAGAUGAGUAGAGAGAAAGAAAAGAUGUUUUUUUUUCUUAAAUUUAGGUAAAACCACAAAGUUGGAAGUGAUCCCAUAAAUAACAGUUACACUGUGCAUUUUUGGCACAAUUGCACAGAAGGGCAAGUACAUGAGUCAGUCUGCCUGAUGUUGUCUCUCAAAAAAGAUCUGAAUUGUCAUCAGCAUGUACAAAAUUUGUGUCUCAAUAUAACCUGACAUUUUUUUGUAUAUGUUCUACCUGUCUUUUCUUGCUCAUUGUUAAAUUAAUACAGAUCUGAUGUCUUUUUUAGAAAAACUUAUGCCUGUUUUUUCUUUUCUUACGCAGUACUCCCAGCCCCCCUGCAGCUAUGUGGACAGGAGAGCAAUGUUCCCCCAGAGCAGGAUCACUGUGAGACAGAGACUGAGCCGCAGCAGAUUAAAGAAGAACAAGAGGAGGAGCUGGCUGGUGAUAAGCAAGAGGAUGUUGAUACCAAAGAUUCAUUUUUCAACAUAAUUUAUGUGCAAAGAAAUGUUGUUGAUGGAGAACUGAGUACACAUCCAAACCAUGACGUUCAGAAUGAAGUAAACACUUUGUCAUGCAACUCAUGUGACCAGUUCAAAUCUGAGUCCAAUAGAGACAGCUGUAAUGUGUCUGAGCCAACUGAGGACAGCCAGACAAGUGAAGUUAGUGGAGAUAAAUGGAGACCCUGUGGAGAGACGAGAGGGGGUAAAAGGAAACCACAGCAAGCAGGUGAGACAUCAGACAGGCUGUACACCUGCAGCAUCUGCAACAAGACCUUCAGGAUUAAAUCCAUCCUGACUCGCCACAUGAAGACACACACAGGAGAGAAGCCGCACAGCUGCAGCGUCUGUGGCAAAGGCUUCAUCCAACGCUCCUACCUGCAAACUCACAUGAACUCUCACUCUGGACAGAAACCACACACAUGCCGCUUCUGUGGCCGAGGGUUCUCACAGGUUGGGAACAUGAACGCUCACAUCCGAAUCCACACAGGAGAAAAACCUCACAGCUGCUCUGACUGUGGUAAAAGCUUCAGGGAGAAAGCAGAUCUCAUUAAGCACAGAAUCAUUCAUUCUGGUGAAAAACCCUACAUUUGCACUGUGUGUAAUAUGAAAUUCACUGCUCAGUCUAAUCUAAAGCGCCACAUAAAGACUCAUUCAGGGGAGAGGCCUUUUAGUUGCACCUCAUGUGGAAAAAAAUUCAUUCGUAAGUCUCAUUUGAUCAUUCAUAUAAAGACUCAUGCAGGAGGAAAUCAAUAG